AUGUCCAGUAGUUUCUCCAGUAGUUUCUCCAGUCGUGGGGGAUUGGGACUGAGCUCUGUGGGGGGCCUGGGUGUCGCCCGGGCUGGGAGCGUGUAUGGGGGCGCCGGAGGCAAAGGAGUCCGGAUCUCCUCCUCUUCCAGUUCGGGGAGAUUCGGAAGUCUUUCCGUGGGCUUUGGUUCCGGAGGUGGCGGUGGAGGAGGCGGUGGAGGCGCCGGGUUCGGGGCUUUCUCCAUGGAGGCCGGGGGCGAUUUUUCGGCCGUCACCGUCAGCGAAAAACAGGCCAUGCAGAACCUGAAUGACCGCCUUGCGCGCUACCUGGAGAGGGUGAGGACACUAGAGGAAGCCAAUGCUAAACUGGAGGCUCAGAUUAAAGAAUGGGGACUGACCCACAACAAAAUUUCCACCCCUGACCUCGGAGCUCACCAUGCUGCUAUUGACGAUCUCCGUGCCAAGAUUCUGGCCGCUGGAGCAGUGAUAGGCAAUCUAUCCAUUCAGAUAGACAAUGCCAAACUAGCAGCAGAAGACUUCAAGAUCAAGUACGAGAGCGAAUUUGGCCUCCGUCAGUCAGUGGAGGCAGACAUCGCGGGGCUGAGGAAGAUUCUGGGAGAGAUCUCUCUAGUGAGGAGUGACCUAGAGCUUCAAAUGGAGGGUCUUUUAGAGGAGAUGGCUUACCUGAAGAAAAACCACACAGAGGAGACAAUAUCGUUCAAAACUCAGCUGGGAGGUCAGGUCCAGGUGGAGGUUGACGCUGCCCCAGCCACGGAUCUGAACGCCGUCAUCUCUGAGAUCAGGGCGCAGUAUGAGAGCCUCGUGCUCAAGAACCAGAGAGACGCUGAGGCCUGGUUCAACGCCAAGGCUGAGACGCUCCAGCAGGAGGUGAAGAGCCGUAGUGAGGUCCUGCAGACCAGCAGCGUGGAGCUGAAAAGCGGUACAACCACCUAUCGUGACCUGGAGAUCCAACUGCAGGCAAUGCUUUCCCUGAAAGCAUCUCUGGAGGGAAGUCUGGCCGAGACAGAGGUCCGAUACAGUUCCAUCCUCCAGAACCUGCAGGCCACCGUGACCAGCCUGGAGGCCCAGCUGGCUCAGAUUCGGGGCGACACCGAACGCCAGUCGAUGGACUACCGCUCCCUGCUCGACAUCAAGGCCCGGCUGGAGAUGGAGAUCGCCGAAUACAAACGCCUCUUGGAGGGUGGUGUUACAGAAGACCAGGUGUCCUCCUCAACCAUUACGACCACGGUGACGAUGGUGGAGGAGGUGGUGGACGGUGAGGUUGUGAGCACCUCCACCAAAACUGAGGAGGUGGAGGUUGUGGGAUAA